AUGGAUAGAACAAUGAGGUAUUUUGAGAUCGUUAAGUCGUUCAAACCUUUCACCACAAUGUUUCCCAUCCCUGGCUUAUUGUUGUUAUUUUUCCUAUGCUGUAUGUGUUAUGCCUCAACCUUGUAUGGUAUUACAGUUAAGGCAACGGAGAACGUAUGGACAGGCAAUAUAGAGUAUAGAGCUAGGCAAGAAUCAGUACAAUGGCCAUGCCUUUUAUAUGGAUUUCUGAAUUAA